AGCGCAGUCGCAGUGGGAGCGGAGGCAGUCGAAGAGGAAAUUCUCAAACCGUUGGAGUCUCUCCCAUAGUUUGUGCUUGGAUACAGUCAUUGCAGAGCAUUUAUUUUAAAUAAAGCAGGGGCUAAUAUGGCGACGUUGGGACCAGACCCUCGUCCCCAUUCCCAGCUCGCUUCUGCCUCGAUACAAAGUAACAUCAGUGGCAAUAACCUGCCUCCCAACCGCGGCUUGGAAAGAGCGUUGGAAGAAGGAGCGAACUCCGGGUUUAUGAACCUCAGCGCCAGGAAACUCAAAGAAUACCCCAGGACAGCGUCUAACUACGAUUUAUCAGAUACGGUGGAAGCAGACCUGUCGAGGAAUCGUUUGGCGGAGGUCCCCUUAGAGGUGUGUCACCUGGUUGCCUUGGAAACGCUGAACCUCUAUCACAACUGUAUCAAGACCAUUCCUGACACCAUCAUCAGCCUACAGUCACUCACCUCCUUAAACCUCAGUCGGAACCAGCUGUGUGCUCUGCCAGCCUCCCUGUGUGGGUUACCCCUACGAGUCCUCAUUGCCAGCAACAACAAGCUGGUGUGUAUACCUGAGGCCAUCGGACAGCUCAGGAACCUCAUGGAGCUGGAUGUGAGCUGUAAUGAGAUCACUGCUCUGCCCCGUCACAUCGGCCGACUCAAGGCCCUCCGAGAACUCAACGUCCGCAGGAACCUGCUCUGUGUCCUACCUGAAGACUUGGCGGAGCUUCCCCUGGUGAAGUUUGAUUUCUCCUGUAACAAGGUGUCCACCAUCCCAGUGUGCUACAGGAAGAUGUCCCAGCUCCAGUCACUACAGCUGGAGAACAACCCCCUACAGAGCCCCCCUGCACAGAUCUGCAUAAAGGGAAAAGUUCACGUAUUUAAGUACCUGAGCAUCGAGGCGUGUCGGAGUGACAAGAUGCCUGACUCUCUCUACCUGCCUGUCAUGGAGCGCCUCAGCCUAUCACGUCCCACCACUGGCAGCACGGAGGACAUUGACCAGAAUAAGAAACAGGACACUGACUCAGGAGUUGGCAGUGACAACGGGGACAAGAGACUGUCUGCCACCGAGCCCUCAGACGAGGACAGCUUGAGUCUCAAUGUCCCCAUGUCCCACAUCACAGAGGAGGAGGGGCUAAGCAAAGACGACUCCAGCGAACACAUCAGCGCUCUCACAGCGGACCCCCACGGGGACGGGGUGCGACUGAUAGAGGAGAGGCCCACUGAGGCCCUGAAGGAACAGUUUGGCUACAGAGACUCUUCUGCUCUCAGCAACUGCUUUGUCAGCUACAUCAAGGGACGGACGGCAGACUACGACGAGCCCCUCAGGAUAGAAGAAGAAACACACUGGGCCUCUGAACAGACGUCAAAGGUCACAGAAGGAACACACAUUGCCAUGAUCAACCAGCUGAAGGAGGCUGUGGAGCUACUACAAGACCCUAACAGAGUGAAUAUGGAAACAGAGGACCUGUCUGGAAUUCAGCUCUACCCUGUUGAGAUGGUCAUGGUGGAGGACUCUCUCAAUGGCCAAGACAGUGACAGCAGUGAAGGACAAACUACAUCCAAGUGGGACACUCCCGAAGGAGGCUUUGAGUUCCAGAAGAAACGAGAGUUGAUUCUAGAGAGGGCCAGGCUGGAGGCCCAGCUUGCAUGCCAACAAUAUGAGACACAUAUGUCCAACCAGGGAGAAGACAGAGUUCCAGGCAGCGGUCCCACGUUUACCACCCCUGCCUUUGGGCUGAAGCCCCGCUCUGCCCCCGCCUCACUGCCCUGCUCGCCCCCGCUCUGUCUCCGCCCCCUCCUCACACAGGCCCUGUCCGUCGAUAGAGACACUCCCCCUAGACCAGGCGAUGGAGGCAUGCACAGCAGUGUAUUCCUGAGGACCCAUAAGAGCCUGGAGUCUGUUGACCCUCAGUUCACCAUGAGGAGGAAGAUGGAACAGCUGAGAGAAGAGCUGGAGCUGAUGGAACAACUUAGAGACAGCAUAGAGAGCAGACUGAAGGUGGCUCUUCCUGAAGACCUAGGCUCCUCCCUCAUGGACGGGGUGGUGCUAUGUCAUCUGGCCAAUCACAUUCGCCCACGCUCUGUGGUCAGCAUCCAUGUGCCCUCACCUGCUGUGCCCAAACUCAGCAUGGCCAAGUGUCGGCGGAACGUAGAGAACUUCCUGGAUGCCUGUAGGAAAAUGGGCGUUCCUGAGGAUAAGCUGUGUCUGCCUCAUCACAUACUAGAGGAGAAGGGUAUGAUCAAGGUGAGCGUGACGGUCCAGGCGCUGGUGGAUGAGACCUCAACCAAGCAGGCUCUCUUCACGUGAGAGGGAAGGAGACCACUUAGUCUGGGGUUCAUUUUGUCAAAGUGACGAAACAGUUGCCAUUGUACCUCCUGAAAUAGCCUUUUCCAAGGGACUGUAGCCUACAUCUGUCUUCCUUUCGUGAUUCUUACAACCAGGGUUUCAAGUUAUAACGUGAUGCAUGGGGUGCCCUAAAACACAGUAGUGGGCUGUACUAAUGUGGAUAUUUGAAGCUGACAGAGGUGUCCACAUUGGUUCUUAAUUCUUACAGGAGUGCCCUGGUUUGUUAUGGGAGCCUCCAGUACCCUUGGACACUCCUGUAGCUUGAACCCUGCCUACAACCUCUAGCAUGCUGCACUGUGUAUGAUUGACUAUGCAUUUCAUGGGCUGUCAGUUUCCACCCCUCAAGGACAGCUAUUAUCACCCUCACUAAUUUCCAACUAGACACCUAACACUCCAACAUAGCGGCCUCUCUGCUACAGCUUCCCUAUUUAAAGAUAUUUAUAAUAAAUAUGGUCAAGUGGUUGAGAGUUGUAUCCAUUGAAAAGAAUCCCCCAAAUAUUUUUCUCUAAGUAAUAUAUUUUAGGUAUAGUUCUGUAUAUUGUAUGUUUUACUUUGAAUUUGUCUCUCACCUCGUCUGUAGAGAUUGAAGUGUUGUCCUAAGAUUGUGGGAACCUGGUGUUUUUGAAUUGGAAUCUGUGGGUAUGUAACUCAGGGGAGGGUGUGGGCUUACACACUGUUAUGAUCCAUUCCGUAGACUGCUUAUUUGUCAAUGGUAUUACUUGCGUGCGUGUGUGUGUGGUGUGUGUGUGUGUGACUGCAUGUGUGAGAGACAGAAGAAAUGAAAAAGAGCAAAGCAAAGCGUUUAUGUCCUAGUACAUUCUAUACUGCUAAAGAACCUCGAAGUGUCUGGUGAUGCUGACCAUGUCAGGUGGUCAUGUAGGACCAGCAAAGUAACUAAAAUGCAUUCACUGAUUUAGAGACACUGUUGGCAGCAUCUGAAGAGUAGUGCUUGAGUGCCCAAUAUCCUACUACUACACAAACAGCAGAACACUCCAAUAUAAGCAUACUAGGUGUGUGUGUGAGUGAGCGGUGGAGUUUUUUUUUAUUGUACAUAUAUAAUGCAUUUUCUACAGCUUGGUAUCCAAAGCUUAAGCUUUAGCAGUAAAAUCAAACACAAUGUUUCUGGAUAGAUUUGACAGUUGCCAAAACAACUAAACAGUUUUUUUUCAGAGCCACUUAUGAUCUAAUGUCUUUAGUAUGGUAAUAUCUUUUUUUCUGAGAAGUUGUGAUGUGAUGAUGGUUUGUGCAAGUGGGUUUCGUAUUUAGAAAGUAUUUAACUUUAUUAAUAUUAUUUAGUAAAAUAUUUUAGUUAAACUAACAGUCGCUGCCAUACAUAAUCAGCCACACUCCUCAGGCAAAGUGAACAAUCUCUUAGAAUCAGGAUCUGGAGUGAUCUCGUUAACAUGGCUAUAAUGCAAAGUAAUAAUAUUUACAACAGUACUACUAUUUAUGUACAGCUAACUGCCAAAACAGCUUCAAUGCACUUUAAUGCGCCUUGGCAUAUAUUCUACAAGUGUCUGGAACUCUUGGAGGGAUGCAACACCGUUCUUCCACGAGUAAUUCCAUAAUUUGGUGUUUUGUUGAUGGUGGUGGAAAAUGCUGUCUCAGUCGCCUCUCCAGGAUCUCCCAUAAGUGUUCAAUUGAGUUGAGAUCUGUUGACUGACACACACACACACACACUUAAAAUGAUGGGCAACUGGGAAUUUUUCUACAUGACCCUAAGCAGGAUGAGAUGUUUUAAUUGCUUAAUUAACUCAGGAAUCACCUGUGUCGAAGCACCUGCUUUAAAUAUACUUUGUAUCCCUCA